AGGUCAAUGAUCCAGAAUUUAAUUCUGUCCGAUUCAUGCAAAUGCCCAGCAUCCGUCAGAUUCGUCAGCGUCAAUCUGACAAAUACAAAGAGGGUAAGAUGGCAGCCAUCCGCUACACAAGACUCUUUUUGUUCCGAAAUAUCCGCCUAGUUGAGUCCAAGUAUAUCAAGUAUGCACAAACGAAAUCCAGAAGUUAUCAGGAAACUGUUUCCCGUUCAUGGCUUAUGCGAGCACGACAGCGUCGCAAACGCAAUUUAGAAAGUGUAGUGGAGGAUUUGCGAACCACAGCUCAGGAGAAGGAGGAUGAAAAAUUUCGAAAGAUGAGAGAAGAACACAGCAUUGAUAGUAGUAUUGCAGAUGACGACAGCUCCGAUCCAUCUGUGUCAGUCGGUGUAGAGGAGAGAUCGACUGUGUCAGAGCUCGAUGCGGACGACACCAUUAUAUAUCCUGGUGAAGGCGGUAAGGGCAACACCAAUAGGGAAGACGAGAAGUUGAGUGAAGAUGUAGCGGAGGAUGAGAAUUAUGAAAUUAAGGACGAGGAUACUGAUGGUAGCGAACAGUUAGAUCAUGAUAAUAUCGUUUCUCUAGGCGAAGAAACUGUUUAUGGUGAUUUGUGGUGAUAAUAUCACUGCAGUUGUUAACGAAGAAGAUAUUGACGAACUGGAGAAUAACAGCGUUGCUUAGAGUCAACACUAACGAAUCUCAAGUAUGAUGGGCUUUUUUAUCUUUUUUUUUUUUUUUUUUUUUUUUU